AUGACUCUCCCUUCUCACGAUGCUUGGAUUCACACUUCCCACACCCUUCUCCCCACAUGGAAAUCCAUUUCCCUCUCUAAUCAGCAAUCAACAAUCCCAAUUUCGAUAUCAAGAGUCAACCAAGUCGAUGCAGCGCGAUUGGACGUUGAAAUGUCAGCCAUGUUGAAAGAGCAGUUGGUUAAAGUUUUCUCAUUAAUGAAGCCAGGAAUGUUAUUUCAGUAUGAAGCGGAGCUUGAUGCUUUCCUUGAAUUUCUUAUUUGGCGGUUCUCAAUUUGGGUAGAUAAGCCAACCCCAGGCAUUGCUCUCAUGAACCUGAGGUACAGAGAUGAGCGUGCCGUAGAACCAAGAGAUAAAGUUAGAACUGGUCUGGAGGGACCUGGACUCACUGUUGCACAGAAGAUUUGGUAUUGUGUUGCAACUGUUGGUGGCCAGUAUAUAUGGGCUCGCUUGCAAUCCUUCUCUGCGUUUCGUAGAUGGGGUGAUACUGAGCAGAGACCAUUGGCACGACGCCUAUGGAUCUUAAUACAACGAUUAGAAGGAGUUUAUAGAGCUGCUUCAUUUGGAAACCUGUUGAUAUUUCUUUGCACAGGAAGAUACAGAAAUCUUAUUGAAAGAGGCUUACGAGCUAGGCUUGUAUAUGGAAGCCCAAAUAUGAAUCGAGCUGUUAGUUUUGAAUAUAUGAACAGGCAAUUAGUUUGGAAUGAAUUCUCGGAAAUGUUACUGUUGCUUCUUCCUCUUCUUAAUUCAUCAUCUGUGAAAAAUCUACUUCGACCUUUCUCAAAAGAUAAAUCAUCAAGUUCAGCCGAGGAUGGCACAGCGUGUCCCAUCUGCCUGGCUACUCCAACCAUUCCUUUUGUUGCUCUACCUUGUCAGCACAGAUAUUGUUACUACUGUCUUAGGACACGAUGUUCUGCUGCUCCAUCAUUUAGGUGUUCCAGGUGCAGUGAGCCAGUUGUUGCUAUGCAACGGCACGGUGGUGCCCCCACAGAAUGA